AUGAUAAGCCUUAGGUUUCAACCAAGCACCGCCGGUGUUCUGUUGGCGUCAGUCAGCCGCGCCGGAUUUAUCAAGCGGUGCGGUUUGACUAAACCGAGAAGAACCGCCCGGUUCGGAACGAUCGCUUUGGCGGCUGCUCCUCUCGAAAUCUGCGUCAAAGCUUCCAUCACCACACCCAACAAGCUCGGAGACUGCCCUUUUUGCCAAAGGGUGUUGCUGACCAUGGAGGAGAAACAUGUACCGUAUGACAUGAAAAUGGUAGAUUUGAGUAACAAGCCAGAGUGGUUCUUGCAAAUUAGUACAGAAGGUAAAGUCCCAGUGGUGAAGUUUGAUGGGAAAUGGGUUCCGGAUUCUGAUGUCAUAACACAAGCUUUGGAAGACAAGUACCCUGAGCCUCCUCUAACAACCCCACCCGAAAAGUCUUCAGUUGAGUCCAAGAUCUUCUCCACGUUUAUCGGUUUUCUUAAGAGCAAAGAUUCAGGAGAUGGAACUGAGCAAGCUUUACUGAAUGAGCUUAGUACAUUCAAUGACUAUCUCAAAGAAAAUGGACCUUACAUAAACGGAGAGAAGAUUUCAGCAGCAGACUUGUCCUUGGCGCCUAAGUUAUACCACAUGAAGAUUGCACUUGGACAUUUCAAGAACUGGUCUGUUCCAGAUUCACUUCCUUCUCUCAAAUCCUACUUACAGAAUGUGUUUUCGAGGGAAUCGUUCAAGAAAACAGAGGCGCAGACAGAGGAUGUAAUUGCUGGUUGGAGACCAAAGGUGAUGGGUUAA